AUGGUUGGGGGCCUGGCCUAUCGGCUCAGGGGCACGGCAUCGUGGAAGCCGCCGGCGAGCUAUGGGAGCCUUGAGGAGGCGAGUUUGGGCUGGCCAGGCCCCAGAAGGGCAGAGAAAAUGAGUUCAGCUGUCGGACCUUGCCUGCGGUUCAUCGUCCAUGUAGACCUCAAGCUGUCAGACUUCCAAGCUAGCAGUGGCGACUGGCCUACUGAGCUCUCCAGGAUGGCGCGCUGCUGCCUGGCUGCGCUUUGGCGGGCGCAUGGAGCCUACUACCGCUGCAGCAUCUCCUGCGCCUUUCGGGGUGAAGAGGAGAAUCCUGGGCCUGUGGUGACGUUGUUUCGGCAGUUUGCGAACCACUUUGCAGGGAAGGCUGCCACCGAGCAUCAGCUCCUGACUACCCUUCAUGACGUGAUAACGGGAGGGCAGCAGAACGGGCCCAGUGGUCGCCCUGGGAAGCGUGCUUUCUGUGUGCAGCGGCCUGGCAGCGAAGAAGAUGAUUUGUGGUCACUUCUCGGUGUGAGAAACUCCGAGGAGCGAGUGGCCGAGUUGCUCAUUCAAUCCGACAGUGCUGGAGAUACCAACGAAGUGUGGCGAAGCCUGGUCCUUGGGGAGGGGACUUUGCUGAUCUUUGCCGUGUUUGGGCCAAAGAUCUUCAUAUCCAAGCCAAGUACUCGGAAACUUCGGAAACUGCCAGUCCAGCUGAACUACUACGAGCUGGCACGACAAUUUGACUUCGAGGCACAGGCUGCGGGCAUGGCCUACGUUGCUCCGCCAACCUCCCCAACCGGCCGAGCUGCCGAGGUGGAGACGGAGAUUGAGGACAACGGAGCCGCCGACGACGAUGACGACGAGGAGGCUGUCGUGCUACCAGCCGACGAGGUUGAUGAGGAGCUGGUCCAAGCAGAUGCGAUUGAGGCCAUCGAGAGGGCAACUCCUUCGGAGAGCAGUUCGGCGGCGCGAACCGCAGACUACAUGGUGCCUGAGCAGAGCAAAGAGGUUUGGAAGCACUUUGGUUGCGACACCGAGGCUGGGCGCAUGCUGCGGAAGCUCUAUAAAGGGGCUGGCAGCCGCGAACUGGGAUCGAAGGUCUCGUAUCCUCAGCUGGCAACCCCAGUGAAACGCUGGGAGCCCCCGCCGAAAGCCAAGCCGGCAGCGCCCAAGGCAGUGGUCCGGGUGCCUCGGGCAGUCGCGCCGAGGCGCGACAUGGAUGACCCGAGGCAGUGGCCCGCGCCUCCCAUUCCUUGCAGGAGACCUGCUCGUGAGAUCUUGGCUGAGCUUGAGGCAGAGGAGGCGCGCAGACGCCGCACCCAGCCUGACCUCCCGAAAGGCAAAGAUCUGGACAAUGAGAAGCAGAACCUGCAGGACCGGUUCCGGUACUGUGGCGGCCGAAUGUUGCCCAAGGGCAGCAUGGGAUACGUGGAGCCAGGCAGCGUUCCACCCAUCGGCGGUGCUUCCGAGGCAGCCGCACGCCGCGAAGACCGACGGAGAUACGACGAGAAUGGCUUUGAUGGUGAGCAGCGGGAGAUUUUCGAAGAGCUCGUAGGGGCUGUGCAACGCAAACAGGCACGCAUCGCGCAGAUCGAUGACGAACAGCUCAGCGAUCCCAGACCAAGCAAGGCAAAGACAGCUCGGAACAAGGAGGCCCUGGAGCUUCGGAAUGGCAUCGAACGUGACCUCAAGGACCUCGAGACUCUGAUGAGCUUAGCCGAGGGGCAAGCAAACAAGGCUGUCUCACCUUGA